AUGUUGAGCCAUUUCCCAUGGAAUCGUCUCCUGCUCUGCGGCGCGAUCGUGCCUAUGCUCAUUUUCCUAUGGCCGCAUGUCUCACCCCACAUAUCUAUGGCCCUGACAAUACAACCACUUCCCAAGACCUAUUCUAUCAGGAUUCUCAGUUACGAUCCCCUCAUUAUUUACGUCGUGGGGUUUAUGUCGUGGGGUGAACGAAACCACCUUUUACGAUUAGGUGAAUCUUUAUUCGAAAGGUCUACAGUCUACGUGGAUGGCGAAACAGAAAAUCAGUACAAUUCCGACCGAACCAGCAGCACAGCAUAUCUGCCAGACGAAGACCCGAUCGUUCAGCGGAUCAUCCGGCGUGCUUCGGAAAUUCAGGGGUACACACCUCCGAAUAUGCACGAAUCGCUCCAACUGACUCGGUAUCGCAUCGGCCAAUUAUUCAAUCCCCAUUUGGAUCCACUUGAUGGCUAUGGGAAUCGUACUGGCACACACCGUCUAACCACCAUCUUCGCUAUAGUAGAGUCGACUUGCGAGAAAUGCGGUACACAAUUCCCAAACCUCAGCAUCAACUGGACAACAGAAGAUAGAAGCUGGUGCAAGUACGUUGACUGCGACAAUAAUGAGGCCCUUACGGUGAAAGCCGUCCCGGGGAAUGCUGUUUUCUGGAAGAGCUGGGACAAUGAGGGGAAAUUAGACCUUAGAACAACCCAUGCUGGUCUGCCACCGGAGGGAGGUAUCAAGACUGGCCUCAACAUUUGGACACAUGGAUAA